AAAUUGUGUUCAUUACAAGUCGAUUCCCUGCUGUGUGAUAGCAUGGUUUGGUUUAUUUUGAUUACUUUUCAUCUACGUUUAAUGCGAGGGCCGUCUUAUCACGCAGAGAAACGGAAAACAAAGUUCGAGCUUCGCUUUGUGGUGUUCUUCAGUUAGUCAAGUCGAUUUCUCUAGUAUCAAGCUUUGAAUACAACGUUCUUCACCUCUCACCAAAUCAGUCGAAGCGCGGGCAAAAUGACUUUGGUAAAAUAUUUCGCUGUCGCGAGUUUGCUGUGUUCAGCUCUACAAUUUCCUGAUCUUGUUUUCUCGUCUCGACAAAGGAUUAAGCGUGUGCCAUUCACUUCUUCUCCAAAAGGAGGUGAUAAUGUGUCGUACAAACAAGCACACAAAAUACCAGAGGACGUGAUGGACGACGAUUUUCCACCUCUUAGCUUUUACAUCCAAGACGUGAACAUCACCUCUUUGCAGAGAACAAACCAAACCAGCUCACUUGGGUGGAACUAUACUAAUUCUAAUGAGCUGGAUUUCGACGGAUUAACUGUAUCAGCCAAUGACUCCAUUAAAGACAGCUUACCAAGGCUCAACUAUGAAACCUUUUGGUCCAAUGGAAGUUUAACGCUCACCUUAGUGGAGCUUAAAAAGGUCGAGGGGAUGGGAAACGCAACUCACGACGUAUGGAGCAAGAUGGCAGACUUUGAGCUAGAAGUAUCCGAUGUGGUUCCCAGUGACUUUGACGUUGUCAACGAUCCUCCUAACAUGGGGCGUCAUCGGCGAAAAAGAGCUGUAUUUGGUCCAGAUGAACGAAUUAAAGUCCGCUAUGACGAUUCGAGACAGCUUCCAUACUCUGCGGUGGUGAGGAUAUCUACUGGCUGCACAGGCACCCUUAUCUCAGAAUACCAUGUGCUGACAGCGGCACAUUGCGUUCACGAUGGCAUGAAUUACCUCGUCGAUGUAAAGCACUUGAAGGUGCUCGUCUUGAGGCAUCAAGGAAAGGUCAUCAAAAUUGGAGUCGACUUCGUCAAAGUUCCGCGAGGAUGGACUCUCUCUCGCGAUUACCGUUACGAUUAUUCCGUCAUAAGACUCAAACGGGCGCACAACAAUGAAUUCCUAGGCAUGUAUGAAAUUCCUGCCGCCCUGGACAUUCGAAUAAAAAUCCAGUUCGCUUCUUUUCCCUUCGACAAAGAACAAAAUACUCUGUGGUACUCGAAUUGUGCAGCUCAUUGUCGUAAUCAUGCCAUCAUCAAUCGCUGCGAUUCUAACGCCGGAAGCUCUGGUGCAGGAAUCUACGCCCUGAUGAGGAAAGGUAAAGUAGUAGAACGGUUCGUGUUCGGAGUAUUUACUGGUUUGGGAAGCCGCGUACGGUUUCGUGGAAAAAUGCGUCUCAUGAACAUAGGCACGAAGAUUACACCUCUAAAGCUAGCGCAAAUUCGUGCCUGGAUGGGUCUGCCUCCAAGAAGACAUAAAGGUUCAAUCGACCAAAAAGCCAAAAUGCCUGUCUCUCCCAACCAUUAGAAACAAAGAAAGCUCUUAAUCAACUCAAAGGAGAAGCUAUGGAAACUUUAAAGUAACGGCCGUUUUCGUGGAAAUUGUAGUCACGAAAUUUUUUCUUUGUACAGGGCAAUAGGGUUGUGAUACCCCACGUUAUCAAUCAGCUAUUCUUUUGAAAAUCUUUCAGUUGUGCAAUGGAACAUCUAAAGGACAGACGUCUAAAAAGACUACUUAUUUGUACGGGAAAUAUUUACCAGCGAGCCUCGACUUCGGACAUCCAAACACGCAUGUGUCAAACGAAGGCAAUUUAUAUGAAUUAGAUAUUCUAAAAUCAGAUGUACGCGAGUAGAUUGGGACCAAACUCCUUCAAUACAUUCCGGUUGCGUGUUUUUUUAAUCUUCUUUCCAUCUGCAUGGUUAAAUUCCAUUUCGGAAUGUGAUGUAAUCUUCGUGCCUAAAUUCCAUGUGUUUCACAACAAAGCUAACAUAGCCACCGCAUAUGUUCCACGUUGUUCUAGGGAAAAAGAGGAUGAUAUUAUGACUCUCGCAGGUGUCUUGAGCACUGUGGUAUAACUCAUAGCAAUACGCAAACUCAAGGCACGUGUAAUAGUGGUCCCCCAACAGACACCUGAUUUUAGGGCAUCCACUGCAUUUAAGCUUUAAGAAAAACGUUUCGUAAUUAUUGUCCGCGGAAGCUCAGCAUUUUGAGGUUUAAGAGUCAAUGAACUUCUGCUUUGAACGUUUCAUAUACGUUCAACAUGCAUUUACGCGGAAAGGACUUUGUCAAUUCCUACGAGCUAGUUAUCAAUCUUUAACUGUUGUUAUGUAACUCCCAAUCGUUAACUCAAAUAUUGGUUAGAUUUUCUUUAACUUAUAUAACAGACUUCUCUUUUUAUACUAUCGGCUGCUCCCACGAGGAAGAUUCAGGGCAAGAAUAAUAUUAUAUUAGCUUAUUUAACUGAAUUUAACUUAGUCAAAAUGAAUGGCAAAUAAGUUGUAUUUAUAUAACAACAUACUUUGCUAAUAAAUAUAAACAAUAAAAUGG